UUUAUACUUCUGACAUAUCUGAAAUACUGAGGCUGAAUGCAUUAGAAAAGUAUUAAGCAGAUAAUAUGUAUAUAAAAACAUCUUAAACCAUAUCUCAAAAAAAUAUCUAAAUAUAUGGAAUUUACAUAUAUUGGAAAUAUAUAUCUGAAUAUGUAUGGAUGGCUUAUUUUAGUAUUUGUUAGCAUUUUAAUUGCUUAAUAUUUGAAAUGUAUUUUAUACAUAAAGAAAGAUAUGCACAUAUAUGUAUUUUUCGUGUGGGAGUUAUUGUUUAUUAUUUUUAUUAUUUUGAGAAAAGCUUGUCAACAACUCAAGCUCAUUACAACAGCUGACUUCUCAUUGGAUGCCAGAUGAAGGGAAUAGGCCACGCCCCCUGGUUCAGGCUAUAAUAGUCCUGGAUGAGGAGAUGAGCACUCAGUAGCUGUGUCUGAACUGAAGACGCUGAUUCAGAAUCAGUACUGUUGUAUAACCAACCCAGAAGAUUAAAGCUAAAGCGAAAAAUAGUUAAGUAAAAUAUUAUUUUUAAUAAUUUAAGUGAUUUUAAGUGUUGAUUAUAUAACAGCAAGGAUGAGGCAGUUCAGGAAGAGGCUGGACUUUGGUUUCAGUGAUGGAGAGGACGAAGUAGGAGCCCAGAUUCACCUGGAUACAUGUGAUGAAGAACCUGAACUGUUUCUGUCCACCAUAAAAACCUCAUGUGUGCCAGAGCUCACUCCCACCAAACCAUGCCUAACUCCAGCCAAUCACAGCCAGCGUAGACCCUCCGGCACCCCAGACUCCCCCACACUGCUCUGCCCCAACUCUCUCAAAACACUCAGAAAAUCUAAACUACGGAGUAACUCCAGAUCUUCAGCUUCCAGCAGGUGCCUCAUGUUUGAACUCCAGACCCCAGCGCCCCCAAAAUCAGAGCUCAGGAGGAGGAGAACCCCACUCACCAACAUUAACAUCAAUCCAUUCACCCCAGACUCUCUGCUCGUACAGACAGUGACCUCCAGGAGGACCAACCGCAAGAGAUCCUGCCAUCAGUCUGAACUGUGUGAGGACUCUAGUGAUGCUGAAUCUGAAGAGGAGCUGCUUCCUCCUUUGAAGAGGAAGGCGUACGCUGGGGGUCACGGGUCUCGCUAUGCGUCUGAGUUCUAUGAGCUGGAGCAGAUUGGCUGUGGAGAGUUUGGAGCUGUGUUUAAGUGUGUAAAGAGACUGGACGGAUGUAUUUAUGCCAUUAAGAGGUCCAAGAAACCCAUGGCAGAUUCUGCUGAAGAGCAGGCAGCUUUACGGGAGGUGUAUGCUCAUGCGGUGGUGGGGCAGCACCCUCAGGUGGUGCGGUACUACUCGUCCUGGACGGAGGAUGAGCACCUGCUGAUCCAGAGUGAGUUCUGUAACGGAGGAACUCUGGCUGAUCUGAUCUCAGAGAACAGCAGGAGGAUGAAGCUCCCGUCUGAAGCAUCUCUGAAGGAUCUGCUGCUGCAGCUCUCCCGCGGUCUGAAGUUCAUCCACAGCUCCGGCCUCGUUCACAUGGACAUCAAACCCAGUAAUAUAUUUCUAUCCCGAAAAUCACCGGUCCACGAUGCAAUCACUGAAGACGAUGGACUGUAUUCAGAAGUUUUGUACAAAAUAGGGGAUCUUGGUCACGUGACACAUGCAAACAGUCCAAGAGUGGAAGAGGGAGACAGCAGAUUUCUAGCGAAUGAGAUCCUGCAAGAGGACUACAGGAAUCUUCCUAAAGCAGACGUUUUUGCCGCGGCACUGUCGGUGAUAAGCGCCGCGGGUGCAGGACCGUUGCCGAAGAAUGGAGAGCCAUGGCACAGCAUACGCAGAGGCCAGCUCCCCCACAUACCUCAACUGCUCUCACCAGAAUUUCAACUUCUGCUGAAGGCGAUGAUUCAUCCUGACUCAUCCUGCAGACCAUCAGCCUCAGACCUCACGAAGCAUCCUGUCCUCCUGUCUGCCUCCAAACUAAGCGUGGACACACUGCAGGAGCAGCUUCAUGCAGAGAAGUUCAAAAACCAGCUGUUGAUGAAGGAGCUGAGGGAAGUCCGACUGGCCGCAGCAGCAGCUGCACAGAAGAAAGUCUCCCAGAACACCACAGCUGCUACCACAGCGUCCAGACGUAUGGGGAAGAAGAUAACCCGCUCACUCAGCUUAACGUGAAGCGGUCAUGUGAUCAGUUGUGGGAACAGAGUGCUCAGUGUGAAACGCUGGGGUGACACCUCGAGCUGUUUACCCGUGAAACUGCAACCUGCUGAAGUGUGGAGACAGUUAACCACACAGAGCACUGUGUCUGUCAGUAGUGUGGGAUACAGUGUGGAUGGCUUGCAGUGAAUGGUUUAACUGCAAUAAUUAAGACUCACAGAAAAAAUACAAUAGUUUUAGUAACCUUUGGUGGUAUUUAUUGGUAUUUCUGUUGAUUUGGAACUGGCCUGAUGUGAUAUUUUAGACACUAGAACUAGUGAACAUUUCAAUACUGAAUACUGAACAAGAGUUUAAAUUAUAUGAUUCCAGUCUACAGCAACGAAAUGCAUCCUGCCCUCUUUUUAAAGACUGUGGAAUGGACGAAAGGACUUUUAUUGUGUCAUAGAGGCGCAUCUAGCAGACAUCAAUCUCUCACCAAGAGGUGCACUACCCAUAUGUAGUUUCUGAAAGUCUUUUAUAGGGCAGUGGGGGCAGCAUUUUUACGCCCUCUUACUCGUAAGCCUGCAUGUAAAGUGUGGACCAGUAAUAAUAAGUAAAAUAGUACGAACUUAUUAGUACAAUACAUGCAAUUGAGUUGAAGUGAGUGUUGUGAAUAAUAGUUUAUGAUAUGAAUUACAAUUUAAGGUAAAGCACAAGGCAGUAAUUGCACUUAAUGGCAGUAAUGGCAGUUAUGCAAUUUCUAUUCUAAUAUCUAGAUCUACUAAUAUCUACUGUAUAUGCAGCUUUCACUAUAUUGUAUGGGAUAUUUUAUAUUUUCCAUUUUAUUGAGCUGUUGUCAGAUUUUGUAUUAUAUUAUUAUAUUAUAUAUAAGUCAAUUUUACAAUAAAGGGCACACUGAACAUAAGAGACCAACAUAUUCCAACAUAAGGUUGGAAAUGCUUGUUUAUUACAGAAUGAAUAAGUAAUAUUUAAUGCAAACAUUAUUUUUUCUCAUUAAAAUAUACACAUAUACACAUAUUAUGGCUGUUCCAUUGCAGCAUUAAGUUUAAUUUAUUUAUUACAGAACAAAUAAUGCAUAAAAAAUAUAUAAUGGCGGUUAAUCGCACAUUGCUGCUGUAUUGAUCUAACGAUUAAUUCUAGCUCAUCCACCAUUUUGGGUUUUAUAAUAAAAGCCCUUGGCACAUAGUAACAUCAAUGAUUGUGUUGACUAAAAUAAUAAAGAUUCAUUUGUUUAUUUUA